AUGGACCUCCUGCAGCCGAACAAAAAUGAGAUAAAAAGGGAUAAUUCGGUGCUAUCCGAUGAUGAGUCGCCGCACGCUUCCAAGAAAUCAAAGCAGGGCGCUAGCUCGUCUUUCGUCCCGAAGCUGUACGAGAUGGUCGACGCCAACACCAACAAUCUAAUCUCGUGGAAUCUGGCUGGCGAUAGUUUUAUAGUUGCCAAUCUCUCUCUCUUCUCUUCGGAAAUCUUGCCUACCCAUUUCAAGCACUCCAAUUUCAGUUCCUUUGUCAGGCAGCUGAAUAUGUAUGGCUUCCAUAAGUGCAACAAGACGCCACGCGGGCAAAAGGCACACCCAGAGCACCAAGUGUGGGAGUUCUCCCACCCCAACUUCCUCAGAGGGCGCAAGGACCUGCUCGAAGACAUCAAAAGAAAGGUACUCGACGGCGCAGAGGCCAGUACGUCUACAAGCACCGCAGCACGUAGCACAGACCUCCCUUCCUCCGUCGCCCUCCUCCAGCUUAGCCAGUCGCAGUCCAACCAGUCCAUAGCCACCCUCAACCAGCGUGUACUCUUUCUAGAGCAGCAGCUGGAGCAUUCGCGGGGCGAGACGCAGUGUCUGAAGGAUGUCGUUAAGCAGCUUUACGCCUUUCUCUACGGUACGCAUGGUGGCUUGCCGUUUGACUACCCCUGGAGUGGCAGUGGUGGAGGUGGUGAUGGUAUGGACACUGGCAGUGGUGCUCACACCAACGCCACCACCGGAGGUAACACCAAUAGCCAUUUUCCCCUUAAACCCACACCACCCGCCCAGCCACCGAUAUUCGUCACUUCGCCAGACACCUCAACACACGCUACAAACGCGGCUAACUCCACUAUCCCUCCGUAUCCCUACUCGCCAAGUCCAUCCAGCGCAGGCUCGCCCAUACCCGAUCUCUACAGCACGCAUUCGUCGCCGUAUGCGUCCGAGUAUGGUGGCGGGUUUAGAAUGGAACAGCCACUAUCGCCGCUAUCGCUGGGCUCAUCGCACUACACCCCGCAGGCACACAGCCAAAGGCCAAUGAAUCUCUCCGUCGACACCAACUUCAGCCUCUUGGGGUCUAAUCCUAGCCCUAGCGACAGCGUCGGUCUGGGUAUUUUGAGCCCCUCUACUAGCAGCGAACGACGUCCUAGUGCUCACUCGCCGCAUUCUUUAUAG